UGCUGUGCAUGUGGACUAGAGUAGAUAGCUGGUCCUACUACUACUCCAACACCACCAUGGACUGGCAGCAAUCCAGAGCCUGGUGCCGGCAGCACUACACAGACAUGGUGGCCAUCCAGAACCAGGAGGAGAUCGGGCAUCUCAACAGCGUGCUGCCCAGGCAGCGCGCCUACUACUGGAUUGGGAUCCGCAAGGUCGAUAACGUCUGGACCUGGGUAGGAACCAACAAGGCUCUGACAGCGGAAGCAACCAACUGGGCAAUGGGCGAACCAAACAAUGGGAAGAGUGGAAGGAGUAUGAGUCAGAAUGAGGAUUGUGUGGAGAUGUACAUUAAAAGGGAUUCGCAGCCAGGAAAAUGGAACGAUGAGAGGUGUUCGAAGCUGAAGACCGCUCUGUGCUACGCAGCUGCCUGUAAGAAUGACUCAUGCCUCCAUGGAGACUGUGUAGAAACCAUCAACAGCCACAAGUGUGCUUGCCGUGAAGGCUUUUACGGAGAGCUGUGUGAGCACGUUGUCAAGUGUAACAAAGAGGAGGUGACCGUUCCAUAUAAAGGAAGUGUGGAUUGCAAUCACCAGUAUGGAAACUUCUCCUACAACUCCUCGUGCCAGUAUUCCUGUGAGGAAGGAUACCAGCUGAAUAUGUCAAGACCUCUGAAGUGCACUGCAUCAACACAGUGGUCGGAGCAGCCGCCUACAUGUGAAUUGGUCCAGUGUCCCAGCAUGCCCAAAAAGUGAUUGUCAUUACCUCUG